GAGCAUUUACAGUCGACCUCAAAGAGUGAUGAACCCAUAACAAUUUCAUCCCCAAGGCUCCAAAUCCACCGGCGGGAAAACCACAAGUUUCCACACGAUUAGUGGCGGGAAAUUUAUCCAAUAAAAGUAUCCAAAUUUCCAUUUUUCGACCCGAGUUACUAUAAAUCAACCCGCCCGGCCCUAUUCAUUAAGCUGCUUCGCUUUUAUUUUUACAUUUUAUAAUACUCCAAAAAUUCUUCUGUUCGGGCUCGCUUUGGACGAGGAGAAAAUCACCAAACCCUCGAUAUGGUGAAACCCUCCCGAGCAAAGGACUCGUCCGAUGAUUACUUGUCCGAUUCCUCGUCGGAAGAAGAGGUUGUCAAAGAUCUGGCGGUUGACGAGGAGGUGGACGAGGAGGAGCUCGAAGCCGUAGCUCGGACUGCCGAUGAUUCUGAUGUAGAAGGUGAUGAUGACGAAGCACCCAAUGUUGAAGAAGAUGAAGACAAUGAGCUUGGGUAUGUUGAGAUUUGGAGUUGUUUACAUUUGAGGAAUGAUGCAGUGGUUAAUGUUAAAGUUGUUUCCAUGGUUCAGGAAGACGAUGCUGUUGCAAAUGAAAUCUCAAAGCGUGAAAAGGCAAGGCUUAAGGACAUGCAGAGAAUGAAGAAACAUAAAAUACAAGAAAUACUAGAUGCCCAGAAUGCUGCUAUAGAUGCUGACAUGAACAACAAAGGAAAGGGUCGAUUGAACUAUCUCUUGCAGCAAACAGAGUUAUUUGCACAUUUUGCCAAGGGUGAUCACUCUGUCUCUCAGAAGAAGGAUAAAGGAAAGGGCCGCCAUGCAUCUAAGCUAACUGAAGAGGAAGAAGAUGAGGAGUGUCUCAAGGAGGAAGAGGAUGGUCUUUCAGCCACUGGAAAUACGAGGCUAGUGGCGCAACCUUCUUGUAUUCAAGGAAAGAUGAGGGAUUAUCAGCUUGCUGGUUUAAAUUGGAUGAUACGGUUAUAUGAGAAUGGCAUUAAUGGGAUUCUGGCUGAUGAAAUGGGACUGGGUAAAACUUUGCAAACCAUCUCCUUGAUGGGCUAUUUGCAUGAGUUCCGAGGGAUAACUGGUCCUCACAUGGUUGUUGCCCCAAAGUCUACACUUGGCAAUUGGAUGAACGAAAUCAAAAGGUUUUGUCCGGUGUUACGUGCUGUAAAGUUUCUUGGAAAUCCUGAUGAAAGAAGGUAUAUACGUGAGGAGUUGCUAGUGGCUGGCAAAUUUGAUGUUUGUGUUACUAGUUUUGAAAUGGCAAUCAAAGAGAAGACUGCAUUGCGCCGAUUCAGCUGGCGCUAUAUUAUCAUUGAUGAAGCACAUCGCAUUAAGAAUGAGAAUUCACUUCUCUCGAAGACGAUGAGGCUUUAUAAUACUAACUAUCGGCUUCUAAUUACUGGAACACCUCUUCAGAACAAUCUUCAUGAACUCUGGGCUCUCCUUAACUUUUUGCUUCCGGAGAUAUUUAGUUCUGCUGAGACUUUUGACGAAUGGUUCCAAAUUUCUGGUGACAAUGAUCAGCAGGAAGUUGUCCAGCAGCUUCACAAGCAUGAAGGCUAUGUUUUUGGCUUGAAAAUUGUAUGGAACAGAGUUAGUAGAGAUCCCUUGGAUGUCUCAGGUGAAAGAUUGAAGUCUGAUGUUGAGAAAGGUUUACCUCCUAAGAAGGAAACAAUACUUAAAGUUGGCAUGUCUCAGAUGCAAAAGCAAUACUAUAGGGCACUGCUGCAGAAAGAUCUUGAGGUUGUAAAUGCUGGUGGAGAGCGGAAACGCCUUCUUAAUAUAGCCAUGCAACUGCGAAAAUGUUGUAAUCAUCCAUAUUUAUUUCAAGGUGCUGAACCUGGGCCACCGUAUACCACUGGAGAACAUCUAAUAGAAAAUGCUGGCAAGAUGGUUCUUCUUGACAAGUUGCUUCCAAAGUUGAAGGAGCGCGAUUCCAGAGUUUUAAUAUUUUCACAGAUGACAAGGCUACUGGACAUACUUGAAGACUACUUGAUGUUCCGUGGAUACUACUACUGUCGAAUUGAUGGAAAUACUGGUGGGGAAGAUCGUGAUGCUUCAAUUGAAGCCUUCAACAAGCCUGGAAGUGAGAAGUUUGUCUUUCUGCUGUCAACCAGAGCUGGAGGUCUUGGUAUCAACCUUGCCACUGCUGAUGUUGUCAUUCUUUACGACAGUGACUGGAACCCACAAGUUGAUUUGCAGGCCCAAGAUCGAGCUCAUAGGAUUGGACAGAAGAAGGAAGUACAAGUAUUCCGGUUUUGUACUGAGUACACCAUUGAGGAAAAAGUGAUUGAAAGGGCUUAUAAAAAGCUUGCUCUUGAUGCCUUGGUUAUCCAACAAGGGCGGCUAGCUGAGCAGAAGACUGUUAAUAAGGAUGAACUGCUGCAAAUGGUAAGGUUUGGUGCUGAAAUGGUUUUCAGCUCCAAAGAUAGCACAAUCACGGAUGAAGAUAUAGAUAGGAUAAUUGCCAAGGGAGAAGAGGCAACAGCUGAACUAGAUGCUAAGAUGAAGAAAUUUACUGAAGAUGCUAUUAAAUUCAAAAUGGAUGACAGUGCCGACUUGUAUGAUUUUGAUGAUGAAAAGGAUGAAAAUAAGCUUGAUUUCAAGAAAAUAGUCAGUGACAAUUGGAUUGAACCACCAAGAAGAGAAAGGAAACGCAAGUAUGUUCUUUCUGUUGAUAAAUGCUUAUGCUUACAUGUCAAAUAUAGUCAUUACUCUGAAUCCGAGUACUUCAAGCAGACAAUGCGACAAAGUGGUCCUGCACGACCAAAAGAACCUCGAAUUCCUCGCAUGCCGCAGUUACAUGAUUUCCAGUUCUUCAACACACAGCGCCUUACUGAGCUCUAUGAAAAAGAAGUGCGCUAUCUUAUGCAAACAAACCAAAGGAAUCAAGUUAAGGACACUAUAGAGGUGGAAGAACCAGACGACAUUGUUCUGUAUCCAGAGGUCGGAGACCCAUUGACUGCUGAGGAGCAGGAAGAGAAGGAGCAGCUUCUGGAAGAGGGGUUUUCAACAUGGAGCAGAAGAGAUUUUAACACCUUCAUCAGGGCAUGUGAAAAGUAUGGUCGAAAUGAUAUCAGGAGUAUUGCUUCUGAAAUGGAGGGGAAGACAUUGGACGAGGUGGAAAGAUAUGCAAAGGCCUUCAAAGAAAGAUACAAAGAGUUGAAUGAUUACGAUAGAAUAAUUAAAAACAUUGAGAGAGGAGAGGCCAGAAUUUCGCGGAAAGAUGAGAUCAUGAAAGCUAUUGGGAAGAAAUUGGACCGCUACAAGAACCCUUGGCUGGAAUUGAAAAUCCAGUAUGGCCAGAACAAAGGGAAGUUGUACAAUGAAGAAUGUGACCGCUUUAUGAUAUGCAUGGUCCACAAGCUUGGAUAUGGUAACUGGGACGAGCUGAAGGCAGCAUUUCGUACUUCACCUCUGUUUCGCUUUGAUUGGUUCGUAAAGUCCCGCACAACUCAAGAGCUUGCAAGGAGAUGUGAUACGCUAAUACGGUUGGUGGAGAGAGAAAACCAAGAAUAUGACGAGAGGGAGAGACAGGCACGCAAAGAGAAAAAGCUAGCAAAGAAUGCAACCCCAUCAAAGCGUGCUGCUGUUAGACAAGCUGCCGAGAGCCCUCCAUCAACCCAGAAAAAGCGGAAACAACUUUUGAUGGAUGACUAUGUUAGUUCGGGAAAGAAGAGGAAAUGAUGGCAGUAAGUGGUUUCAAAUGUUUGGUUGGUAUCUUUUUUGCGUCGAUGGAAAUUGGAUUGCCGUUGGCUCUGGCUCUUAUGUCAGUUUUGGCUUAUUGAUUGGCUUUGGGAGUGUAGUACCCAAAGGCUUAUUAGAUGGUCAAACUUGGAUUAUUAUAUGGUAUUGGAGUGUAUUAGACAGAAAAUUCCCUCGAUGGAGUAUAAAAUUAAUGCUGGUGUAGUUCUAGAAUUAACAGUAUUUUGGACGCUAAAUCAGUGAUAUGCUAUUUUGUUUGGCCGUUUUUUAGUGCCCAAAGUAUUAUUAGCUACUUUUCUUAUUAUUUGAAAUACUUAAUUCACCGUUGGUACAUGGUUUUCUAUGUUGUGGUGCUGUAGAGGCGAGCAUCAUCUAUUUUUAUUUUGGCGUAUGGGUAUGUUGGAGAUCAACGUUUUAAAAGGUGAAAAGCAUAAAUAGUG